CCGCUUUUCCCUGCGAUCGCUUUGCCAUUGUCUCUGGCUCUCUCUUCUCGCCGGCGGCUAAGACGAACUCACUUUCUCUCUCUAGAUCUGUCUACAGGUUAUACAAGUCAGCUUGAGGUGUACUUGUAGAGAGAGAAAAUGGCGUUCGAGAAGAUCAAGGUGGCCAACCCCAUAGUUGAGAUGGACGGAGAUGAGAUGACUCGUAUCUUCUGGAAAUCAAUAAAAGAUAAACUUAUUUUCCCCUUUCUGGAGUUGGAUAUAAAGUACUUUGACCUUGGUCUUACUUGUCGCGAUGAGACUGAUGACAAAGUUACUAUUGAAAGUGCAGAAGCUACUCUUAAGUAUAAUGUAGCAAUCAAGUGUGCCACCAUCACUCCAGAUGAAACUCGUAUGAAAGAGUUCAGCCUGAAGCAUAUGUGGAAGAGUCCUAAUGGGACAAUUAGGAACAUUCUGAAUGGCACAGUUUUUAGAGAACCAAUUAUUUGCAAAAACAUCCCCCGGCUCAUUCCAGGGUGGACAAAACCCAUAUGCAUUGGAAGGCAUGCAUUUGGAGAUCAAUACAAAGCAACUGAUACAGUCAUCAAAGGACCUGGAAAACUCAAAUUAGUGUUUGUGCCAGAAGGAAAAGAUGAAAAGACAGAGUUGGAGGUGUUCAACUUUACUGGCACUGGAGGAGUAGCUUUAUCCAUGUACAACACUGAUGAGUCCAUUUAUGCCUUUGCCGAGGCUUCAAUGAAUACUGCUUACCAGAAAAAGUGGCCUCUUUAUCUUAGCACAAAGAAUACUAUUCUUAAGAAAUAUGAUGGAAGAUUCAAAGACAUAUUUCAGGAUGUUUAUGAGACCAAGUGGAAAUCCAAGUAUGAGGCUGCUGGGAUAUGGUAUGAACACCGUCUGAUUGAUGAUAUGGUUGCUUAUGCUCUUAAGAGUGAAGGAGGCUAUGUAUGGGCAUGCAAAAACUACGAUGGUGAUGUGCAGAGUGAUUUCUUAGCUCAAGGUUUCGGAUCUCUUGGUUUGAUGACGUCUGUCCUGGUGUGCCCUGAUGGAAAAACUAUAGAAGCUGAAGCAGCCCAUGGCACCGUUACACGCCAUUACAGGGUUCACCAAAAGGGUGGUGAAACUAGCACGAACAGCAUAGCCUCAAUCUUUGCAUGGACACGAGGCCUUGCACACAGGGCAAAGCUGGAUGACAACCCCGGACUAUUGGACUUCACUGAGAAACUCGAAGCAGCUUGUGUUGGAACUGUCGAGUCUGGGAAGAUGACCAAGGAUCUAGCAAUUUUAAUCCAUGGACCUAAAGUUGCUAGAGACCAAUAUCUGAAUACCGAAGAGUUCAUCGAUGCGGUGGCCAAGGAGCUGAAAGCCAGACUUUCUUGCAAAGCAUAAUUGUCCACAUGGAUGAUUUAGGCACUGCAACAGUGUUUCCAGUGACUUGGGAUUUCACUGGGAAGAAGAAUAAGGGAAGAAGGGAGGUGGGUUAGUCUUGGCUCCUAUAAUUCAUGGCUCCUAUAGUUCAUAUAGGAGAAAAGUUUAUGUAUGGGAUCAUCUUAAUUCAAUAAUCUACUUUGUUCUGAGUUUGUCAUAUUGAAAUGAAAUAGAAUUUGGUUCA